UUUUUCUCGAGUCGCAGCCGUCAGUCAAAAAAGCCCCCCAUUCGUUUCCAUCAAAAAAGGCUCUCUCUUUCUCUCUCUCCACUGAUUUCCUUAUAUAAUAUAAAAUUUGUCUUGAACGGCUUUUGAAUUUUUGAAUCUGUCUAUGCUCCUGCAAAAUAUACCGUUUUUGAUUUCUCACUUGGCAGGAGUCAUUUUGAGUUUGAUCAAGACCGUAUGGUAAGGUAAAUCACUUUCCAGAACAAGAAAUCAGUGCCCCUAAAUUUUCUGGGAAAUUUUCGCAUAACUUGCUUGAUGGGUUUUCGUUUCUGGGUCCAAAGAAAGGGUCUUUCACUUCUGACAGGAGGAUCUCGAGUCGUAGCUAGCUGUGCCAUGGAGAGAAAGAUGUGAAGACUAUCACGCUCUGCUGUGAACUGUGUGUGCUCUUAAGUUCUAAGAAGAAAAAACUCAUUUGUUUUCUCUGUGCUAUGUGGGGCUGAAUAGCCACAAUUUCUCUGUGACAUGUGCCCUGAUGGUGAAUCAAAUAGUGGUUUCUCUAGAAAUACUUGUUACUGAAGAAAGAGUAUGGUUGCUAAACAACAUCCACGUAGUACAGACUCUCCUAAUCCUGAGGUGGGAGAGAUAGACACCAGUGCGCCAUUUCAAUCUGUUAAAGAUGCUGUCAAUCUUUUUGGUGAAGGUGCUUUCUCAGGGGAAAGACAUUCCAUCAAGAAGCCGAGACCUCAUUCUGCAGAGAGGGUAUUAGCGAAGGAAACGCAGCUUCACUUGGUCAAGAAAGACCUUGACAAGUUAAAGGAACUACUGAAGAAUGCUGAAACUACAAAGGCUGAGACACUUGUAGAGUUAGAGAAGGCUAAGAGUACAGUUGAUGAUUUGACCCUUAAGCUGAGUACUGUCAGCGAAUCCAAGGAUUUAGCAAUCAGGGCAACAGAAGCUGCAAAGAAUCAGACAAAGCACAUUGAGGAAGCAGACAGUGGCCAACCUCCCGAAUCUGAUGUUGCCAGGACAAAUGACCUUGAAUCUGCAAGGGAGCAGUACGUGGCUGUGUUUACUGAACUUGAUGCUGCAAAGCUAGAACUACGGAAAAUACGACAGGAUUGUGAUGCAUCAUUGGAAGCAAAAGUUGCUGCUUUCAACCAUGCUGCAGAAGCAGAACAUGCAGUCAAAGUGAACCUUGAGAAAGUUGGGGACCUCUCGAAGGAGAUUUCAGCUUUACAGGAAUCUAUUGGGCAAGUGAAGCUUUCAUCUCUGGAAGCCCAGCAGGAGCAGGCAAAAAUAUUUGCAGAAAAGGAUGUACAAAGGCAGUCAUAUAAAGCUACAUUGGAAGAGUCGACACAGAAGCUGCUUGCUUUGAAAAAUGAUUUUGAUCAUGAACUUGCCCGAAAUCUUGAAGCGCAACUGGCUGAAGCACAGAAUGAGAUUGGGGCACUGAAAAAGCAGAUGGAAAAUUCAAAGGCAUCUGAUCUGGAUUCUGUGAAAACUGUCACUUUGGAGCUUGAUGAUGCCAAGAGUUCACUGCAGAAAGUCGCAGAAGAGGAAGGCCCCCUGCGGAAUUUGGUGGAAUCUCUCAAGCUGGAGCUGGAGAAUGUGAAGAAAGAGCAUUGUGAACUGAAAGAGAAAGAGACAGAAACUGAAUCCAUUGCUGGGAAUCUGCAUGUCAAGCUCCAUAAAAGCAAAUCCGAGCUUGACACUUGGCUGGCUGAAGAAUCCAAAGCAAGAGGUGCUAGUGAAGAAAUGAUCUCUACUCUCCACCAGCUAUCACUGGAAACUGACAAUGCCAGACGAGAAGCAGAAGAGAUGAAGAACAAGGCUGAGGAGCUGAGGAAGGAGGUUGAGGCAACUAAAAUUGCACUUGAAGAGGCCGAAAAGAAGCUUAGAGUUGCUCUAGACGAGUCUGAGGAAGCAAAAGCAGCAGAAGGUUCAGCCCUUGAUCAGAUUAAGACCUUGUCAGAGAAAACUACUGCUGCUCGUGCCUCUACUUCUGAGUCUGGGGCUAAGAUCACUAUCUCAAGGGAAGAAUUUGAGUCUUUGAGCCGGAAAGUGGAGGAGUCUGACACAUUAGCAAAAAUGAAAGUGGCUGCUGCCCUUGCUCAGGUUCAAGCUGUUAAGGCUAGUGAAAAUGAGGCUCUCAAGAGGUUAGAGACAACUCAGAAGGAGAUUGAGGAGAUGAAGGCUGCAACCGAGGAGGCUCUAAAGAGGGCGGAGAUGGCCGAAGCAGCUAAAAGAGCGGUGGAGGGAGAACUAAGAAGAUGGCGUGAAAGAGAGCAAAAGAAGGCAGCGGAAGCUGCUUCUCGGGCGCUAGCUGAAAUGGAGAUGUCUUCAGAAUCGUCCCCACACCACUAUAGGAUCCAUAAGCAAAACCCAACUGACAAAAUUAUAGAGGCCAAGAAAUAUCAAAAGGAGAGAAGUUUUACUUCAAGAAAGGUGCUUCUCCCUACCUUGACCGGAAUAUUUCACAGGAGAAAGAACCAAGUUGAUGGUGGGUCUCCUUCAUAUCUGCCUGGUGAGAAGCCUGUGUGAGAUCUUUGUUUGCUGACUCGAGGUGUGAAUUUUUGAGUGAUUGAGAAAGAAAUUAUUUCGUGACUCGCUCAGUUGUGUGUAUAUUCUAUUUUCUCGUCAUUUUGGGAGAUGAAAGGAUGAGUUGCAAUGGAAAAUGGGAACUCUUGUUUUAGGACAGUCAAGAUUCUAGCGUUAUUCAAUGCUAGUAGUUGCAGAAGUUACAAAAGAAGUAAUCAAAACUUACCUUGUUGCCACCUU